AUGUCCGUCAUAAAGUCCGCAAGCAGCCCAAGGCCGCCCGGCAAGCUCGAGCUGGCGGACGACGCGACGCUCAAGGCGCACGUCACGGCGGCCUUCGAUGAGGUCGACGCCCACAAGAGCGGCAAAGUGAGCCGCGCCGAGCUACGCCCGGCGUUUCUGCGCUUGGCGCGGCUGGCGGGGCUGCCGGAGCUGGGCGGUAGUUCGGAGUUGGACCGCGCGGUGGACGAAGCGUUCGAGACGGGCGAAGGCGACGAGACGGGCGAGCUGGGCAAGGACCACUUUGUCGCCUUGUCGCUGGGGUUGCUCAAUGUCGUCAAGAUCGUCGCGGCGUACGCAGCAGCGCCGCUGCUGUUGCAGGUGUUCACCUGCGGGGCGAUGCGCCACUCGCCACCUAGCGCGGAGCAGCGAGCGGAGGCGGCGCUGGCGGAGGCGGCGUUCAAGCAGAUGGACAAGGGCGGCCGCGGCAAGCUGUCCAAGCGGGACUUGCUGCCCGUGCUCGCCACGCUCGGCAUCCAAGGCUCGCCUCCCCAAGUGGCGGAGGCGACGCUGGCGGCGCUGCUGGAGAAGUACGUGGGGGGAGCGGAGGAGAUGGGGCGGCGGCAGUUCAACGAGCUCUUCGUGCAGCUCGUGACGGGCAUGGCGAAUUUACUCGACUCGGGGGAGCAGCCUGCUUUCGCUCGGGAGGCGUCGAUCGCGCUCAGCGCGUGCAGCCUUAGAAAGGUUGCUCUCACGCGCACACAAUCCCCCCCUCCACCAAUUCUCCGCACUCGCAUGAUGCUUCCCGCAGGGCUCCUCAUCCUCGCGAGCAACGAGCCUCUCCAGAAGAUGGCCAGCGAGACCUUUGCUGACUUGGACGUCAGCAAUGCCGGCCAGCUGUCACGCGCUUACCUCAUGAGCGGGCUGCGGCAGUGGCUCACGGUGUGGCUGACGCCGCAGCAGGUGUGA